UGCAAAUAAAUCUAAAACAUAAUAAAAAUUAGUGAGUCAACUAAAUUUAGGGUUUCGCACGGUUCGGCAACGAUAGGUCAUUUUGUUCAUAUGUAAAAAAUUUUUUAAAGUAAUUGUCCGCUUAAGUCUUAUUUAAAACUAGAACACUGCAGUUUAAGGAUCAACUUUAUUAAUGGCAGAAUAUAGUGUGAUCGAAACCUAACAACAAAAAAAUCUAAAAUAUCAACAUAAAUCGAAUCCUCAAGUUUUUCGACAAGUUCUCAUACUAUUUGUAUAUUCUUAUAAAAUUAAAUAUUUAUGUAAUUAAAAAGAAAAAAUGAACAAAAACUACGUGUUUUGUUUAUAAUAUCAUCAAUCAAGCGAUUACUAUCUGUUGUUUAGUUGAUGUUCAAUAACUUUGACAAACGGUGUAACCUCGGCAUAACAUAUAUAUAUGUUGUGGUCAAAAUUAAAAUUCAGUCAAAUUUAAAAUUUGCCCAGUCAAAAUUAAAAUUUCAAUUCUGCCUAGGCAAAAUUGAAAUUAGAAGUUUGCCCAAUGAAUUGUUAGUCAGAAUUGAAAUUUUAAUUUUGACUGGGCAAAAUUAAAAUCGUUCUCUAAGCAAUAGAAGCAGAUAAUAAAGGAUAAAGAAUUGAGUAUAACAAUUUUUUUUAUUCGGAAAUAUUUUGUAAGCACUUCCGAGUGACACAAUAAACGAGCUCAAUCCAAAAGAAUUUGGAAAUAUUUUCGGCAAAGAUGAAAUAAGUCCUAGUUUUAUUUAAUUUAUAAGAACAACUAUCUCUUUUGAAAGAUGUUUGGUUGAGCAAAAAACGUUUGGGUGACGAUGUGGAUGUUGCUUCUUUUGUUAGCUCUUCUUCACAUCCUCAUCCUCACAUCAUUAGAGUCCACCGAGUCCAAGAUAUUGUGGACCCGAAUUUGGUUGAUUGAAACUUCCGGGGACUCGAACCCAAAACUGAUUGGUUUAAGUUUUCUAGGAAGUUUCAUUCAUGGUCAUACGAACUUCAAACAUUCUUUCAUAAUUACGCAAAAAGUGAGCUCUUCAGACUGCACUGGAGUGAAAUUACUUAGUUUUCCAAUGUGAUCAUGAUUUUUAAAAUACUCUGUAUUGUAAUCUAUCGGGUCGAAGAAUUUCUAAAUCCAGAAUCGAACUCGGGCCCGGCAAGCUUGAAAACUUUUCAGACGUAGAUCCUACCCGAGACUGAGCGAGCAUGAGUCCGGAUUCGAAUGGACCCGAUGAGCUCUGACUCUCACUCAUACUCUCAUCCCACACACUAUAUUCAUCUUCUUCUAUCAAUUGGAGAACGAUUUUAAUUUUGCCCAGUCAAAAUUAAAAUUUCGAUUCUGACUAACAAUUCAUUGGGCAAACUUCUAAUUUCAAUUUUGCCUAGGCAGAAUUGAAAUUUUAAUUUUGACUGGGCAAAUUUUAAAUUUGACUGAAUUUUAAUUUUGACCACAACAUAUAUAUAUACGAUUAAUAGUGAAAAAAUGUUCUGGCUAUAACGUGUUUAUGACGUGGUGUUAGAUCGCAUUCUUUUUCAAUAUCUCGCGAUCGUCUAAGAAGAUCGAUAUGAAAGCCAAAUGUGUUGCAGAAUAAUAGCAAAACAUCUUGAGAUAGCGGUUUUGACAAAAGAGUAGAAUUCUACGUUUUUUUUUUUUUAUCCGAACAGAAACUAAAAACAAAACAUCAAUCCCGCUCGUAUCUACAUGUUUUUCAAAAAAUGUCUCACCUUACUCUUGACACAGCUAUCUUUCAAUGAAACAAAGACUCAAAAGUCCUUUUUAUUAUUGCAUGAUGACUGUACAUCAACGAUCGUCAUGCUGAAAAAUAAAAUUGACAAAAAAAUUUCUUAGUAUUAUCGAGAAAUAAUUCAGGGAAGUGUAGAAAAUAAUUAAAAAUCUAUUCAAGAACAAGAAAUAUUAGACCUGAGUAUAAAUACGAAUGUUUAGUAAACUCUUCUAAUUGAGAAUGAAGCUUUAAAAAUGAAUAAGUAGUAGUUGCUUGAAAAAUUUCCCAUAAUCCUCUAUAUUUUGUCCUUAUUUUGGAAUUUCUGUCUGUUACAACUUUCAUUAUUCGACAGUGAACAUCAUUUUUCGUAGAACUUUGAUACAUUCAACAUGUGAAUGUCAACAUUCGAUUAUCAUUUACCAGCGAGAUCAUCUACGGAUCCAUUCUAUGGAGCAUAUCUUCGUUUUUCAAACGUCAUCCACAUUCAGAGAUGGAACUGCUACCAUUGUCUUAUUUAUCUUUUUUGCUCUUACUAUCCCAUUGGGAUAUUCACAGAUGAGUAGUACAAUAACUCAUCAGUUCAGUGUUGACAUGAGUUUCAGAUCGGCCGAUCUGAUCUGGCCUACUCCGACCAGUACCGGUAGUCAAAAACUCAGGCCGGUUUCAUCUCUGCCAUCAUCUUCUUGUGGUGCUAUAUGUAAUCGAAUCACACGUCUAGAAAUAGGAACAAGAUAGAUUGAAAUAUAUUGAUUUAAUAUUUUUCUUUUAAAGAUUAUUUCGAUUGUUCAAGCUAAUUCAACUUUAUCCGAAGUAACAAAUCAAUUAAACAAAUUAAAAGAAGAUAUUCGUUUUCUUAUUGAUGAAAUCUAUUCUUUAAAUCCUGAUAUAAAUUCAAAUGAUAUAACUCUUGCUAAGUCAUUUUUAUCUCUUACAAAUGAAAAUGAAUCAUCUUGGCUUACAAAUAAUCAUCCUUUUACUGGUAGUUCAUUACAUUCCAAUCUUACUACUGAAUAUCAACAUUUACGAGAAAAAAUUCUUGCUGAAGUUAUUCAGCUUCGUACUGAACUUAAUCAAAAAGAACCAUCACCUCCAUAUGAUUUAAAACAAGAAUUAAUUAAUUUACGUUUACGUAAAAGAUAUUUA